UAGGAUUAAAAACGAGUUUUAUGUUUGAAAGCUAAAAAUAAGUUCGUCUCUCCCUAUAGCCCAUCGAAUCCAAGCCCUCUUCAUAUCUUCUGAAUUUCUUUGUUUCUUCUUCUCAGUUGUAAAUAUUUCCGCUUCUUCGAAUUUCUGAAUCUUCAAUAACAAUCGGCAGCUUACUCACCAGCUCGGAACAUAAAAUCGGGGAUCUUAUAACAGAUCUGGUGGCAUAAAAGAAAGCUGCUAUUACUUUAGCCUUUUCCUUGUUGAGUCCUGCUUGGUAUGUGUGGAAACCCCCAUAAAAGGAAGCAUCAUUGACUAUCCUCCUUUUAUUAGGAAGUACGAGCCUCAAAAUGGACAGCAUUGUAGAUUCCCUAAAUAGUGCAUACCAAGAGUUCGUUGUUGCAGCAGCUAAUGUGCUCGAAUCCAAGGAAACUUCUGGUGGCCAGAAAACAGCAGCCACGGAUGCUGCUCUUGAGAAUUUUAAGCAGAAGUGGGAACUUUUCAGAGUCACUUGUGAUCAAGCGGAGGAGUUUGUGGAGUCUGUGAAGCAAAGGAUUGGCUCAGAGUGCCUGGUGGAUGAGGCAACUGGCUUGGUGGCUGGGAAGUCUGGGCACAGCACAACUGGUCUGCCACCCAUUAGUGCGGUUCGGUUGGAACAGAUGAGUAAAGCAGUUCGAUGGCUUGUUAUAGAACUUCAACAUGGCUCUGGAACUGCUGCUGGUACGGCACAUUCUCAUCCGUCAACUCCUUUUGAUGGUAGAUUCUCUGAAGAUUCAGCUCAAUAGGUAUGAAGGUGAUUUGAUUUCUUACCCUGUAUUGAGAGAAGAUAAUAGGAUUCAUUGGAUGCAUUUUUCCGAGCACAAUAUUGACCAUCCCUUCCAAAUGAUUUUGAAUGUAGCUUUUAGGUUUUGCUACUUCCUAAUUUCCUUGUGUAAUUAGGUUGUACUGCAUUGGCUCUUUUAAUAAACUUAGUACUUAAGUAAUGGUGGGGAAGACACAAGAAUUGGUCAUUGAAAGUUAUGCGUAUCAGAUGUGCAGACAUUAGCUCACCUAAAUCAUCAUGAUAUUUGUUCUCGUUUUUGUAUGUAAACAUGUAGGCAUGCAAUCUCUCUGAAGUAGGUGCCUCACUAUUUAUUGUAUUGGCGGCUGCUGUAGAUCUAUUUCUAUAUCUACACAACCUGAAAAUUGUUGUUUCUAAAUGAAUCUGUUGUAUAUUUGUGUUUCAAAUUCUUUCAUCAAAGACAACUGUUGGGCGUACAAUUUCGAAUGGAAAGUCGAAAAUUUAUA